AUGUGGUGUCGAUAUUGCCAUCGAUUGUUUGCCAGCACUACGCCACCUCAAAUCAGAAGUCAAUUGGAAUUCAACCGGUGUUUUAGCAGCUGUUCGGAAGCUUAACAAGUUCAUAAUAAUUUCUAAUUUAGCAACUAAAAAUCAAUAAACAUGAUUAAGAACGCUGUUGCUGUAGUUACUGGUGGUGCCUCCGGCUUGGGCCGUGCCACCGUUGAACGUUUGGCCAAACAAGGUGCCCGCGUCGUUAUGGCCGAUUUGGGUUCCUCCAAGGGUAAUGAAGUUGCCAAGGAAUUGGGUGACAAUGUCGUCUUUGUGCCCGUCGAUGUCACCUCCGAGAAGGAUGUAACCACCGCCCUUGAAACUGCCAAGGAUAAAUUUGGCCGUUUGGAUUUGGCUGUCAACUGUGCUGGUACUGCCACCGCUGUACGUACUUACAACUUCAAUAAGAAUGCUGCCCACCGUUUGGAUGACUUCACCCGUGUCUUGAUGGUCAACACCGUUGGUACAUUCAACGUCAUCCGUUUGUCUGCCGGUCUUAUGGGUACCAAUGAACCCAAUCAAGAUGGCCAACGUGGUGUUAUUGUCAACACUGCUUCCGUGGCUGCUUAUGAUGGUCAAAUUGGCCAAGCCGCCUACUCUGCUUCCAAGGCCGCCGUUGUUGGCAUGACUUUGCCAAUUGCCCGUGACUUGAGCACUCAAGGUAUUCGUAUUUGCACCAUUGCUCCUGGUCUCUUCAACACACCCAUGUUGGCUGCUUUGCCCGAAAAGGUGCGCACCUUCUUGGCCAAAUCCAUUCCAUUCCCUCAACGUUUGGGUGAACCAUCGGAAUAUGCUCAUUUGGUGCAGGCCAUCUAUGAGAACCCCUUGAUGAACGGUGAAACUAUCCGUAUUGAUGGUGCCCUCCGCAUGCAACCUUAAAUGUUGUAAAUAGAAACAAAAUUGCCGAACGUCGUGAUGAGUUUAAGGAGAUUUGCAUUUACAUUUUUAUGCGUUUUUUAGAAUUAAGUGGAAAAGUUAUACAAUUCAAAGUCUACCGAAAUAUUUGCCAAGCAAAUCGUCAUAGAAUAAUAACUCAAUAAAAUUUAAAAUAUUUUUGUAAAACACAAGAAAACAAAAGUUCUAGAAGACAUCAAUCAA